AACCCAAAGGGACAAAUCCCCAUUCCCUCUGAGUUCCAUUCGGGAGUCCAACGGAGCAGACAGCAGUCUUUUGCAUUUCCAACUCAGCAAAAUAAAAGGUUUAAAAAAAACCACAAGAAAAUUUUUUCAGGGAAGAGAUCUCAAGGGGAAAAAAAGCUUAAUAAAAUUGAAACUAUCCCUUCUCUCACACUUCUCGUAUUUCGUUGAAGCAAAGGAAAAGGAAAAGUAAAAGAGUGCAAAGGCGGUGUUUUUGAGAAGAGUGAAACAUGGCUGGUUACAAAGCAGAGGAUGACUAUGACUACCUUUUCAAGGUGGUGUUGAUCGGUGAUUCAGGAGUGGGAAAGUCCAAUCUGCUCUCAAGGUUCACCAGGAACGAGUUCAGCCUGGAGUCCAAGUCCACCAUCGGCGUUGAGUUCGCUACUCGUAGCUUGAAUGUUGAUGGCAAGGUCAUCAAGGCUCAGAUUUGGGACACUGCUGGUCAAGAAAGGUAUCGUGCCAUAACAAGUGCCUAUUACCGAGGAGCUGUUGGUGCGCUUCUUGUGUAUGAUGUUACUCGACACUCCACAUUUGAAAAUGUUGAGAGGUGGUUGAGAGAGUUGAGGGAUCACACAGAUCCGAACAUUGUAGUAAUGCUCAUUGGUAACAAAUCAGAUCUUCGUCACCUUGUAGCUGUCUCAACCGAGGAUGGGAAAUCCUUUGCUGAGAAAGAGUCCCUCUACUUCAUGGAAACUUCUGCUCUGGAAGCUACUAAUGUGGAAAACGCAUUUGCGGAAGUCCUUACUCAGAUCUACCAUAUCGUGAGCAAGAAGGCUAUGGAGACGGGUGAUGAAGGGGGUGCUUCAGCUGUUCCCUCCAAGGGUGAGAAAAUUGAUGUGAGUAAAGAUGUCUCUGCUAUGAAGAAAGGGGGUUGCUGCUCAAGCUAGAAUGAUGUUAAUCUGAAGUCCGAAUGUUUUAAGGGAUCCGAUCCGACCAGGGUUUGUUUGUUGUGCUGCAUCAGUUUCUUUGUGGUUUUGUAUAAUCUUCUUGAAAGGUGGUUACAUUAGGAGUCGGGCGAAGUUGAUUUAAUUCACAUUCAAAAUUUUUCCUGAUGGCUGUUAGUUUUAGUAGACAAGAAGAGGCGUAUGAGUAGCAGGUUAUUACACUAUUGCAUUUAAAUAGGUGCUUACUGAGUGAGAACAAUUCUUCCCAACUCUUCUGUUGGAAAUACUAUACGUAGUCUCUUCCAAUUCCAUUCUCAAGCAGAUCCAAAUUGAAUGAAUGAUGAUUGAAAGGUUAGCUCUCUUCAUACUAAAAAAAUCAUAUAAUAAUUUAAUGAGAUUUA